UAAACACACAGUCUCUAGUGCAUCUCUCAAGCUUCUUAAGACAUGCUUUAAUGGAGGACACUGCACAACAAAAAAUCAUUCAUUCAUUCGAUUAUAAAACUUUUAAUUUGCAUAUACUGAUCAAGAGAGACAUCAAAUUAAAACAUCGAUCGAGGGUAGAUGAAGGAAUUAAUUUGGAGGGAUCGAUGGUCUCGUUUUGUUGAUGGAGGGAAGCCAUAUCUCGGGGUGCUCUUUUUACAAUUGGGAUACGCUUUUAAUGGAAUCAUAGUGAAGUCUGCUUUAAAUAAGGGCUUGAAUCCAUGCACAUUUUCUGUUUAUCGAAAUAUUUAUGCAGUCAUCGUUUUCGGCCCAUUUGCUCUCUAUUUUGAAAGGAAACUGCGACCUCAUAUGACGUUGUCUGUGUUCUUGAAGAUAAUGUUGCUUGCACAAUUAGAGCCUGUUAUGGACCAAAUAUUGUAUUAUACUGGAAUGAAGUACACCACUGCGACAUUUGCCAUAGCAAUGUGCAACAUUCUCCCUGCUUUGACGUUCUUCAUGGCGUGGAUAUUUAGGCUUGAGAAGGUGAACAUAAGAAGAUUGCAUAGCCAAGGAAAGAUCAUAGGGACCCUUGUGACAGUAGGUGGAGCCAUGGUCAUGACCUUUAUCAAUGGACCACCCAUCCCAUUGCCAUGGACCAAGGUCACCAGAGUGCACCACCACCACCACCCUCUACCACCCGCUACACCCUCUUCAGACCACCAUUUCAAGGGUGCGCUAAUGAUAACUGCUGGCUGUGUUUUUUGGGCUGGAUUUUACAUUCUUCAGGCUGUGACAUUGAAGAAAUAUCCUGCUCAGUUGUCUCUAACAACCCUCAUUUGUAUGAUGGGUGCUUUGCAAGGAUCUGUGAUGACUCUUGUUAUUGAGAAGGGCAAAAAAGGCAUUUGGUCUAUAAAUUGGGACACGAAACUAUUCGCGACACUAUAUAGUGGAAUAGUUCGGUCAGGGGCGAGCUACUAUAUUUCGGGUCUAGUGAUGAAGAAGAAGGGACCUUUUUUUGUAACAGCCUUCAAUCCCCUUGGGAUGGUGAUCGUUGUGAUUGUGAGCUCGUUUACUCUAGGCGAACAAAUGGACUUGGGAAGGGUUAUUGGAGCAUUAAUUAUUGUUCUCGGAUUAUACCUAAUCAUAUGGGGUAAAAGUAAGGACUCGACUUUGUCUGAUUCAAGAAAUGACGAGCUAGGAAUUGUUGACCUGAAUCCGACCCAAGAAAAGAAUCACAAUGGGAUUUCAAAAUCCGAGAUAGUUGAUGGUGAAGCUUCGACAGACGAGUCGAGAGACAAAGAUCGAGUGAGAGAGAGGUGUAAAGUAGAUGAAAUAGACAUCGGAAGACCACACUUGCACUACAGGGUUGUGAUAGAUGUUGGAGAUGUAAAAGGUUAUAAUCAAGAAAGAAUUGUAAUCGAUGGUAUUUCCACAUACAAAGACAAAGAUCGAAUCAACAUUUGUGGUGAUUGGAAUCGAUUGUCCCUGAAACAGCUUUGGAAGACAUGUUAA